AUGGCGCACACGCUCCUCACGCUCCUCACAACCCUUCUCUUCACCACAAUCAUCUACCUCCUUCUUUCCACUCUGCAAAUUUACGUUCCCUUUCCCCCUUCAUCCUUCACUGCCAACACGACGUAUGUAAGCCACAACCCUUACCUUCCAACAGCAGGAAAUUCAAACCCAGAAUACCUCUUCAAGAUCGGCAAUCUGCAUAUCUACGGCAUUAGGUCGCUGUUUAUAGCUGUCGUGGUGGGAGUGUCUUUCCUUAGCGCUAUGGGAGUGCUGUAUGCUAUUGUGGCAUUGAAAGUCGGAGUUGUAAGAUGGGAUGGCAGUGAGCGAUGGCGGGGAGGCGGAGGUACAAAAAGGAGGGGGUGGGAGGAGUGGCGUACAGAUUACUCUUCUCCUCCGCCGGCCAGGUACAAUUGCCAGAGCCGCGUGCGAAAGCCCACCAGGACGGUGCGGGAUAGUGGAAUGCAAGGCCAGACUCGAAGAGCGGUGUCGUUUCGUUGGAGGAGGACCAGUGGAAAACAUUUACCGCUGCGUGGCCGAGAGGCCUUGAUGGAACACGCAAAUACCGCCCAACCAUCCUCGGAACUGAGGAGAGUGGCCUCGGCCGGGACGUUGUCGGGUAGCAUCUCUAGAUAUGAGAUUCCCUCAUACUACCUCGCAGAACCUAAAAGGCAGUCAGAAGCACCGCUGGGCACCACUAGCGCGGAUUGGCGGAGCUCGGGGAUACCAUCAUAUUAUUUCACCGAGCGUGAUGAGGAUGGAAGAUCGGUGCAUGGAGAGCGAGAGCGACCGGGUUCCGAGACGAGGAAGCUAAAGGUACUGGUGGUGGAGGCUGAGGGUUCUAUGCCGGAUCAUCUGCCUGAGCCCCUUAGUAAGGGGGGGAACGGCGUUGAUAAAAGCGAAUGUGUUGGGAGAUGA